AUGACUCAACCCGAACCUGCACAAGUUGAGCCCCCAGGCCUAAAAAUAAUAAACGCCUCUCUCUUCCGCAGCGGCACAAAAUCAAUGGCCCGCGCGUACAAAAUUCUAGGAUUCAACGCACACCAUGGCCUCUUAGAAUCAGUAACCGACACUCCAUGGUCCUACCUGCUCUCCGCAGCAGAAGCAGCAUGGCACUCCCCCAACUCUCCAAUACCAACACCCCUAACACGCUCCGACUGGGACAAAAUCUGGGCCCAACACAACGUUUCAACAGACCUUGGCUCCCCGUUCAGCCUAGAACUAAUAAAGAUCUACCCAUCCGCAAAGGUAGUAAUUGUGCAACGUGACUUCGAAACAUGGUGGCCAAGUUACCGUCGCGAAGUCCUAGACCGCGUGAUGAUUGAGCCCUGGGCAACUAUCAAUUCUUUCAUUGGAGAUAUGAUCCGUCUACCUGCUGUGCGGGCUAUGAGAAAGAUUCAUCUUGGAUUCUUUGGUGCGAAUGAUAGAGACCAAAUUCUUCUUAAUGCGCGGAGAAGAUACGAGGCAUUUUAUGACGAAAUUAGGGAUGUUGUUCCAGCUGAGAGGAAACUAGAGUAUAAACUCGGUGAAGGGUGGGAGCCUUUGUGUGAGUUUCUGGGUGUACCUGUACCUGAUGUGCCUUUUCCGAGGGAAAAUGAUGCUUCGGAUCAUGGGGAUGAGGUGAAAAAGAGAUAUAAGCUUAUAUAUGGGGCUCUGGGGAAGAUACUUGUUCCUGUUUUGGCGGGUGUGGGUGUUUGGUGGUAUUUAAGUUGA